AUUGUCUCCAGCGGCCACUGUUUGACUCUCUGCAUCUUUAUAGACACCCAUUCACAGUUGAAGUGAGUGUUCCAGCAUCCCAACAGACCCAGAGCCAUGAAUCCCAAAGGGGAUAAGCCAAAGUCGAAGAUUACAGCUUCUCGCAAGCUGUCUCUCAAGAUGCUUCUCCUCACAAGAGCCUGUGAGGAUUUGGAGAGGGAGAAGCAGGAGAGGGAGGAGGAGAAAGUGCGCUACAUAGGAGAACAUUUGCCUCCUUUGCAACUGUCUGGGUUAUCACUGGAUGAACUACAAAAAAUAUGCAAGCAGCUUCAUUCAAAAAUUGAUGUUGUGGACGAGGAGCGAUAUGACUCUGAAUCCAAAGUGGGCAAACACAACAAAGAUAUCCAUGAGCUGAAGCUGAAGAUACAGGACCUUGGAGGCAAGUUCAAAAAGCCUGCCCUGAGGAAGGUGAGGGUGUCGGCAGAUGAGAUGAUGAGAGCUCUCCUGGGAUCGAAACACAAGGGCUCGAUGGACCUCAGAGCCAACCUGAAGUCUGUGAAGAAGGAGGACGGCAAACAGGACAAGGUGCUCACUUCUGAAGUGGGCGACUGGCGUAAGAACGUGGAGGCCAUGUCCGGCAUGGAGGGCCGCAAGAAGAUGUUCGAUACAGCCGGAGGAGUGCAGUGAGAUUACUUUGUGAGGAGUCCUGCAAAUGAUGAAGCUGGUUGACUAAGAACAGGGAAAAGGAAAGACGUCUAGAAUAGUUUAAAGAAGGCUAAGGGACUUAAAAGCGGUAGGAAUCAAAGGUCAUAAGCAUGUAUGAAAUAGUACGUUAGGUGUGCCUUCAUUUCCUAGAUGGCCAUUUUCUGUGCAAUGACUCAAAGCACUUGAGUAGAGACCCAUUGUUUUUUUUUAUUACAA